AUGCGACCGCAAAUAAGUGGCUUAGGAGUGCAUGAUGGAGGUGUCCCAUGGAACAUCCAGUGCUUGAUCAUCUGGCACACCAGAGCCUAAUAUAAGUGUCAUCGAAUGACACAGCUUCUCGCCCGCUGUUAUGCGCUCUACAUAACAAAUCCAAGCAAAGUAUAUUAAGUACUCAUAAUAGCACGGCUCUCCUCUCAACAGACGCAGCGCACCCUGCCAUCAUGUUAAGAAUGUCGAGCGCAUACCUUGGCCUCUGGCUUUUUAUGUCUAUAUCAGCAUAUGCACAGUUAGAAACUUUCACGCCUCCUGGGCAGAAUUCCAUCAGCUACAGUGUGAAUAUACCCCGAAUAACUGCCUUUUCCGGUUCGGGGCCGAUUUAUUUCCAGCUGAAAUCUACGAGCAACCUUCAGUGGUUUGCAUGGGGCCAAGGUUCGCAGAUGCGAGGAGCAAAUAUCUUUGUCGUCUAUUCAUCUGUUGACGGCACCAAUAUUACCGUGUCUCCCCGGUUGGGGGGUAGAGGGCAUACUGAGCCAACUUUUAACAGCGAUGCCCAGAUAUCAGUCUUAAGUGGCAGUGGAAUCAGCGAUGGAAUGAUCACUGCAAACAUCAGGUGUGACAGCUGUAUUACAUGGCCUGGUGGGAGUGAAGAUCCAACCAGCUCGUCGAGUCCAUGGAUUUGGGCUGUUAAAUUUGGGAGGCCACUCAACUCUAACAGCGUAUCUUCAACAAUCACAAUACAUGACGCUUCCGGGGUUGCAGCUCUGAACCUUCAAAAUGCAGUCGGUGGCACGUCUGAUAAUCCGUUCGUCAGCUCAAACAAUACGAAAGGUUCAGGACAUGCAAUUAUGACAACUGCCACUGGUUCCCUUAACAAUCGGAGAAUCGCCCAUGCUGUUAUUAUGACAGUGGUGUUUGGGUUAUUAUUCCCCAUGUUUGCGUUUAUGCUCCAUGCUAUUCCAUACUCAAGGGUAGUUGAUAUUCAUGCUGCCCUCCAACUAUUCACGAUCGCAUUGGUGAUUGCUGGAUUUGGUCUUGGGAUCUCAUUGGCAAAAAGCCUUGGUUUGAUAAAUAACUAUCACCCUAUAAUCGGGAUGGUGGCUGUCCCGGCCCUUAUCCUCUUCCAACCCGCCAUGGGCUUUCUUCAACACAGCUACUUUCACAAAACCGGGAGGAAGAGUGUAUUUGCUUACACGCAUCGAUGGUUUGGCCGUUCUAUCAUAGUCCUUGGUGUUGUUAACGGUGGGUUAGGUUUACACCUUGCAAAAACAACCACUUCAUCUGCUUCGACUGGCGCAAUAAUUGCAUAUAGUGUGGUGGUGGGAAUCAUCGGACUAGCCUACAUUUUUGGGGUGAUCUUUUGGCCUCGAAGAACGCAUGGCUAGCUGUCUUCUCAAUAGAGUUAUCUGGAGACUAUUCUAAAAGCAAAGCCUAUUCACCAUGCUUCUAGGGUCAACAGUCAGGACUGCACCUAAAGUACCUUAGCAGUUCGAGAGCUUUGGGGGAUUGUACUUCCCAAGCUUGUUGGCUUAUUUCUUACUAGGUAACAAAUAGUGCGCCUGGAGAAUCAAUAGUCAAGAUCCAUAGCGAUGAUCCUCAUUAUCAGAGGGUUUGUUCAGCUAGAAGGCGUGUGGCGCUGAUCUCCCUCUCUCUCAGCUGGGUCCGCGGUAGUCCAAGCAAGUAUAGAGGGAAAAUUGUGUAUAUAUAAGAUGCUCUUCAUGCCCCCAGCUUUCGUUCAUUCAUUUAUCCAUUCAUAUUUCCCCUACUUUUUCUCUUCCUAGUAUCGUUACUUUGACAACCUGAUUAUAAUGCGGUUCAAGAUCUUUGCCCUUACUGCCCUCUUGGCAGCCUCCGCC